AUGAGUAGUAAUAAUAAUCAAGAUUCAAUGCAGAUUGAAUCUUCAACAACUACCAACAAUAAUAAUAAUAAUAAUAAUAAUAAUAAUAAUAAUAAUAAUAAUAAUAAUAAUAAUAAUAAUAAUAAUAAUAAUAAUAAUAAUAAUAAUAAUAAUAAUAAUAAUAAUAAUAGUAAUAAGAAUAACAUCUUCGAGGGUCUUUACGACCCCGAAGAUAACACAACCCGAUCAACCUGA